CAAGGCACAUCCGCGGGACCACCGGCAGCUUGUUGACAAGCAUCGAGCGUGAAUCAAUAAUAGUCGACUUGUACUGUACUAAUAACGAGACCCAUCUCCAGCCUAGUGUUGACAGACGUGUCAACACUUUUUGCCCACCUGCCAGGCCCGGAUUCUCCGCACCAGCGAACCGACAUGCCCAUCUAGAAACUAUCACCACCAUCCGCUAUGGGCCUUAUCAAGAAGAAGACGACGUCCCGGGGAACCGAAGGAGGGGUGAAAUACAUCUGUGAUGUAUGCUCUUCAGAUGUCACUGCGACCGUCCGUAUACGUUGCGCCGACUCUGCCUGCAAUGAUUUUGACCUGUGCGUGUCCUGCUUCUCCGAGGCCAAAACUGCUCGCGAUCACGAUCCGGCAACCCACGCCUAUCAAGUUAUAGAACAACAUUCAAUACCUAUUUUCAAGGAAGAUUGGGGUGCUGAUGAAGAGCUGGCGCUCCUUGAAGGGGCUGAGAUUUACGGCCUUGGUUCAUGGGCCGAUAUUGCCGAUCACAUCGGUGGUUACAGGACGAAAGACGAAGUACGAGAUCACUAUAUCGACACAUAUGUGAAUAGUUCCCGGUUUCCCCUGCCAGAACAUUGUAGCCCAGAAGACAAGGAGCUCAGCGAGCGGAUACCGCGCGAUGAAUUCCAGGCUCGUAAGAAGAGGAGAAUAGAAGAGCGCAAGGAGGCUGCCAAGAAUGCUCCACCGGCUACCCCUAAACAGAAGCCUACGGCCAGUGUGCCUGCGUGUCACGAGGUUCAAGGCUAUAUGCCUGGACGUUUGGAGUUUGAGACAGAGUACUUCAACGAUGCCGAGGAAGCGGUCCAGCAUAUGCAGUUUGAGCCGGGAGACGGCAUCAACCCGCGGACGGGCGAAAUGGAACCGGAGAUGGAGCUGAAGAUGACUAUCAUGGACAUAUACAAUUCCAAGUUGGAUGCGAGAGUCGAACGUAAACGAAUCAUCUUUGAGCACAGACUCUUGGAAUAUCGGAAGAACGCCCUCGCCGACAAGAAGAGGACGAAGGAAGAGAAGGAUCUCCUCAACAAGGCCAAACCCUUUGCCAGGAUGAUGAAGCACGAUGACUUCACCAAAUUCUGUGAUGGCUUGGCAUACGAGCACCAAUUGAGGCAAGCCAUCGCACAACUGCAGGAGUGGCGGGCGAAUCAGGUCGAUACACUGAAGGCGGGUGAGAAGUAUGAACAGGAAAAGCAGCUGCGGCAGUCUCGCGGUCCUCAAGUGGGACAAUUCGACCGUCUGGCCUCCAACAGACUCGGAAAGCCUACGCCACCUGCAGAAGCUCCUUCGGGCGCAUCACUACUGGUUGCCUCUGAGUUGCCCGAGCGGUUGAAGAACGGCGGGCUUUCAACACCACCGCCUGAGAGACCUGCCAACGGGGUCAAUGGAGUUAACGGAGUGCUGGCACCACAAUUUACCAAGACGAAGUUCACCACACGGCCGCUGCCAAAUACCGUCCCACUGAAGUUCGGCAAGGAAGCUGUACCCGAUCUUCAGCUACUGACCCCCGAGGAGCGCGAGGUCUGCAGCAUCCUGCGUAUCAUGCCAAAGUCCUACUUGGCUAUCAAGCACAAACUCUUGCAAGAAGCCAUCGACCAUGGUGGCGCUCUUAAGAAGAAGACUGCUAGAGAACUUUGCAAAAUCGACGUCAACAAAGCCGGACAAUUGUUCGAUUUUUUCGUUCAUAAUGGAUGGAUCGCGAGGGCUUAGACUUGGUCCUGGGACUGGAAUUUUUGGCUUGGCGAAACUCCUUCUGCGAUACCCCACUUCGCCUUGUUGUAGGUAGAGGCUCAAUGUUAUAUUGUCAUCCGUUUUCCUUCUUCAUGUACUUCAUGUGUAAAAUGUCGCAUUUCCCAAGCAAAGUCCUCAGACCUAGCCAACGGCUCACCUCGUACCUUCUUAGCUCCACGAGCCCCAAUGGUUCUUGAGAACACCUCGAUUCGUAGCAUGGACCUGGGAUGUUCAGGAACGA